AUGAAGACAAGAUCUAACGACGCCAUUUUGACCUUCACUGAUAUUUGUUUGACCUUGAAAGAAAAGACUAUUCUAACAAACAUAAAUGGGAAAGCCAGAAGUGGGCAGAUCUUGGCCAUCAUGGGCCCAACAGGGUCAGGAAAAACUUCUCUUCUUAACAUUUUGGCGGGAAAUCUUACAUUGACAUCAGGAACGAUAACUUACAAUGGGAACCCCUUCAUGAAACUUCAGCGGCGGAAACUGGCGUAUGUUCUACAGAGUGACAUAUUUCUUUCAAGACUCACCCUAAGGGAAACUCUCUAUUUUACCGCCAUGAUACGACUUCCUGAUCACGUGACAAAAGCAGAUAAGAUGGCGCGAAUCGAUGAAAUUGUAGAUGCACUUCACCUGCGAAAAUGUUUGGACACUGUGAUUGGAGAUUACAUGCACCCUGGACUAAGCGGAGGAGAGAAGAAGCGUGCGAACAUUGCAUGUGAACUUCUUACAGAUCCCAACAUUAUGUUGAUAGACGAACCUACUUCCGGUCUGGACUCUAGCACUGCGCAUGUGUUAAUGCAGGAGCUCUGGGACUUUGCUUCUCAAUAUAACAAGACUAUACUGACCACUAUCCAUCAGCCGUCCAGUCAGAUUUUUCACAUUUUUUCGUCUCUACUAUUGCUUGUUAACGGACGCGCUGCGUACUUUGGCGAUGCCCACAAAGCACUCCCGUAUUUCAGUGGACUGGGCCUAAGCUUUCCUGAUCAUUACAACCCAUCUGAUAUUAUGCUGGAGUUGUUGACCACAAAUACGGAAGUCGUAAAUAAAAUUCUUGAAGCAUCGGAGAAAGCUAAAAAUUUUAGGGUGAAGGUCGAAAAUGCAGAACUCUGCAAUGGCAAAGAGUCGGCUAGUAAUGGUGAUGUCACAUCAAAAAUAGCACCAUCACUCACAAACGGACAUGCUAAUGAACCAGCUUCUAAUGGUCAUGUCAUUCCUCUUGUAUACCACAAAACGGAUCUUACAGAUAUUGUGCUUGAUGUUUCGUCUCUUGAACACGUUUCAACAAGCAAUCUAGAAAGUCCACUAAACAGAAAGUGGGCAGCCUCCUUUUGGACACAAUUUCGCAUGUUGUCUUGGCGAAAUGCCAAACAAUCAAAAUGGAGGAUUUUUGACGAAUGUAACCUUGUUCACGCUCUGAUUGUUGGCAGUAUUUUUUGUGUUAUAUAUUAUCAGAUACCUAGUUCUAACGACACACUUCGAGACAGGAUGGGAGCGGUUUUCUUUCCUCUGGUAUAUUGGGGAUUUGCAAUGGUUACUGAUGCCGUUACCAGUUUUAUUGGAGAACGAGAGGUUGUGAGGAAAGAGAGAAGAGCAGGUGCCUACCGCCUAUCUGCCUAUUACACGGCUAAGAUGGUCAGUGAACUUCCAAUGAUGAUUGUGGUGCCUAUUGCCCAGCUUUCGGCCAUGUACUGGUUGGCAGGGAUGGGGGGACCGGUGCAGUUUGCCAUUUAUAUAGGAAUAAAUCUUCUGAAUUGUUUUACCACUCAGAGCAUAGGGUACAUCAUUGGAGCCUGUGUCCGCACAUUUAAGUACAGCAUAACAGCCGUCAACACUGUGAUGGUGGUAUUCCUUAUAUUAGGUGGAUUUUUUAACACGUCUUUCCCCACAUGGUUUACUUGGGCUAAGUAUACUUCAUUCCUUCACUAUCCCUUUGCCGCCAUUGUGACUGUUUUAUUCGGAGAUAUAGAACCAUUCAGGUGCGGAAACUCUCAAAUAUUCAAGAAAUGCCAAAAUGAAACAGAGCUUAUCACAGGAAGUGACGUGUUACACAGUGUAGGCAUUGAUCUCCCUGUUUAUUGUUGUGUAGGAACGAUGGUGGCCCUGAUUAUUUUGUUACGUAUUCUUGGAUAUUAUGCCAUUAAAUACAGGUUGUAG